GCGCGCUUUGGAUUUUUAUUUACAUAGAAUACUAUCUAUAGUAAUUGAGAAAAGAGGGUCCAGUUCUGGACUAAGCAAAAAUAAGACUUCGCCUUCAAAUUAUGGGAGACUUUCGACAAGUUCUCUCUAGUGCUGUCCAGCGUUUGGUUGGAAAAAUGGAAGACGAAAGCCAAAACGUGUUCGAGUUUAAAUCUUUGGAUAAAGGAGGAGUUCCACUAUUUUUCUCCUCGGCAAUUUCCUACGAACCAUUAACCUUUAAGGGAAAGAAGUCAUCAAAAUGGAACCAUGAUGUUUUGAAGCUAAUGUACUAUAGUGAUCAUUUUGGCAACAACCAGCAAAGUCCCAUACCUGAAUGCAUUUUCAUGACGGACUAUUUCACCAUCGAUGAUAACACAGGAUAUGUUGAUCAUUCUGGCAACAACCAACAAAGUCCCAUACCUGAAUGCAUUUUCAUGACGGACUAUUUCACCAUCGAUGAUAACACAGGAUAUGUUGAUCAUUCUGGCAACAACCAACAAAGUCCCAUACCUGAAUGCAUUUUCAUGACGGACUAUUUCACCAUCGAUGAUAACACAGGAUAUGUUGAUCAUUCUGGCAACAACCAACAAAGUCCCAUACCUGAAUGCAUUUCCAUGACGGACAAUGUCACCACAGAUGAUAACACAGGAUAUGUUGAUCAUUCUAGCAACAACCAACAAAGUCCCAUACCUGAAUGCAUUUUCAUGACGGACUAUUUCACCAUCGAUGAUAACACAGGAUAUGUUGAUCAUUCUGGCAACAACCAACAAAGUCCCAUACCUGAAUGCAUUUUCAUGACGGACUAUUUCACCAUCGAUGAUAACACAGGAUAUGUUGAUCAUUCUGGCAACAACCAACAAAGUCCCAUACCUGAAUGCAUUUCCAUGACGGACAAUGUCACCACAGAUGAUAACACAGGAUAUGUUGAUCAUUCUAGCAACAACCAACAAAGUCCCAUACCUGAAUGCAUUUUCAUGAAGGACAAUGUCACUACCAAUUCUUCAGCCAAGCAACAAGAAGCUGACCAGAUAAUGGAGCUUCAGGACCACCCAGUACCAGAUCCUGAUCAGAAAAGGCAGAAAAGAGGGUAUCAGCCUCCUGUACCAGAUGCUCAACUGGAAGACCACCACAUGCAACCACUGAAUCAUGAAGAUGGAACUGAUGAUGGAUCAGGAAGCUCUUCUCAAGUCAGUAAUAAUUAUGAGCAAAUGCCAUGCGGUCUUCAUAUUCAUUCCAUUGAAGAACUCAAGAAUGGAGUCCACAAAAAGUUUUUAAUUGACAAGCGAGACUUGACUUGGAAAAACAAACUUGGAGAGGGCCAGUUUGGAAUUGUAUAUGAAGGAAUCUGGUCUAAAGUAGAACUGGGAACCGUCGUGCCCAAGAAAAAAAGGGUUGCCAUGAAAGAACUGCGCAGAACAGCAGAUGAUAAAAGUCAAGAAGACUUCAUCAAGGAGGCCAUCAAUAUGUCAAAGUUAGCAGUUCAAAUCAGCAGCAAGCACAUCAUAAAAUUUAUUGGCAUUUGUUUAGAUGAAAAUGAAGAUAUAUCUAAACUUAUGAUCAUAACUGAAUUGGCUCCAUUUGGAAAUUUGAAACUCUAUCUCAAUAAAGUCAAAGAAAAAGGAGAUACCUUCAAACUGUCUGUUUUAGUUGAUUUCUGUGUGCAGAUCUGCAAUGGCAUGGCAGAUUUGGAAAGUAACAAUGUUUUGCACAGAGAUAUUGCUUUAAGAAACAUCCUUGUUGCAUCAGAAGAUCCAUAUCUGAUUAAGAUUAGUGACUUUGGACUUGCACGACUCAGUGAAUAUUACAAGUGUGAACGAGGCAGAUUUCCUUUAAAAUGGUAUGCACCAGAGAGUAUUACUUACCACAGGUUUACUUCUAAAAGUGAUGUGUGGAGUUUUGGUGUAGCUAUGUGGGAAGUGUUUUCCUAUGGAGCUCAGCCAUAUCCAGAAAUAAAAGAUUGUAAAAUGAUCAUCUAUCACAUAUGCAAAGGCAACAGACUCCCUAAACCUGUCAACUGCCCAGAUGACAUUUAUAAUAUCAUGAAGCAAUGUUGGGAUUAUGACCCUAAAUCAAGACCCUCAUUUUAUGAGCUAUCAAGCAGCUUGUUGGAUGAUAUCAAGAACAAGUACUGCAAACAAGAACAGUAAUUAAUUGAAGGCUCUCAAAAAGCACCCAAAGUCCCUUGUAGACCUUGUAUUUAUAGCAGAAUAUUUUUUCUACUAAAUGCAGUAUUUGUUUGGUUUUGACAUUAAUGAAGUUUUAAUAUCAUUGUGGCAAAUACAUGUUCCGUGUGACACAGGAACUAGUUUGUAUAUCCCAAAAAUCGUUUACUCAGUAAUCACAACUAAAUAGUUGUACUCAAAUAUCAACUUUCAUGUGUAAAUAUGUAGUAUUUUUCUUAGCAGUCUCGCAAAUCAUUAAAAAAAUGAAAACACUUUCUGUAAAUUGAACAAGGAAUGUGACUAUAUCUAUGUAGUACUGGCGAUUUCAACUUCAAACGCAUUGUUUAAAAAAGGCAUCCAUAUUUUUCAGAUGAGAUUUAAUAUGUUUAGUCCUAUGAAUAAUUGUUCUUCUGUAAAUGUAUGAACCUUAUAUAUCCAUACAAUUUGUUAUUUUUGAAGAUUUGUGAUUGUUUGGCAUCGAACGCUCGUUGUGCUUGUGUUGGUGGUAGAAAAUGUAAAAUUUCUGCAUAAAUCAGCCAAUAAUCUUGAAUUAUAUAUACCUCCUUUCAUGGCCAUUGGAUAAUAAUCAGUUGUUUUGUGCAUAUUAAAGGGGUUCUGUUGAUCA